AUCAGAGAAAAUUCAUUAUAUCUCUCUGCCAUCAUCCUUCUUUUCUGAUGUCACAGAAGGAGAGAUUCAGAGACAUGGAAGACCGUGAAGAAUAUCCCAAACCAGCAGAAGCCAAGGAUUACUACACCAGAAAACGAUGGUGGUCUGAACAUGAGCAGGCUGUUAAUGGCACCCCUCUUGCUGCUACGAAACACAAUUCAGAUCACAAUUAUAACCUCAAGGAAAUUCUUACACCAAAAACUCCCAGGGAAGGCGACCUUGUGGUAUUGAAUGACAUGAUCGAUCAGGCUGGCGAUGAAGACGACCUUAAGAAGGAGCAUCACCAUGGACAACCUGUGUCAUCAGAAAUAGAGGAGGUACCUGAGGAUGAAAAGAACAAAACAGUUGGCAAAGAAAGUGGAGCAGACGACACUUACGUGGCUGUUGGGAAAGAUGACAUGGACGUCGUAAAAUGGGCUCUGGAUCAUGCUGUCUCUCCUAGUUCUCGGGUUUUGUUUAUCCAUGUUUCUCCUCCACUCGCUUUGAUUCCUACGCCACUGGGAAACUUGCCAAGAAGCCAAUUAGACCAACAACAAGUGACAAGUCAUGAGAAUGAAGAGAUCAACAGGAGGAACAACAUUUUGCAGAAGUACUUGCAGUUGAGUAAUGACGCUCAGGUGAGUGCAGAAACGUUGCAUCUGGAGAGCAAUGAUACAGCCAAAGCAAUUCUGGAACUUAUUUAUGUUCUUAACAUAAAAAACCUCGUCAUGGGAAUAAAAAAGCCUCCCCAAUCAUGGGGGAAGACCAAAUUGAGCAGAGGGGAAAUAGUGAAGCACAAUGCUCCCGAGUUCUGUGAUGUAGCUUUGGUUUAUGAAGGAAAUGAAGUUCUGAAGAGCAGCCAACACAGACACCACUCCUCAGGAAGAUUCUUGUCCUGCCUCUGCUUUUCAGCCUUAGAAUUUGAUGGCUGAUCAUCCAAUCGGAAAAAAUUGCUCUUGCUGGUUUGUAUAUGAAGAAGAAGCAUCGGCUGUCCAUAGCGU